UUUCAUCUCAAACAUGUUUUUGUUUUGAUUGGGGUCCAUGAGAAAAAGGGGGCGUGGCGGUGGGGCGAUCGUUGUGACGUCACGUCCGACAUUGUGUCAAGUGUGUCAAGCGAAUUGAACUCGAGCGAGGUCUGUCGGUGGAAGAGUGGCCGAAAUUCUUCCGGGUCGACGGUUUUCUCGGCCGCUUCCCGCCAAUUCCACGCAGAAUCGGCGCGCCAAGGGUCCAGAAGCAAGAACAAGAGUUAGCGAGCGAAUAGACGAUGACUUCGGCGAGCAGUGGGCAGACAACGGAGCGAGCGGCCGGCAGGUGCAGUCCGUGCUUUUCGCAGGAGGGCGUCGCCACCUGACCCGACGACGACCACCUUCCUCCUGCUGCGGCCGACGUCGUCGCCGACGACGACGGCUGCAGACCGACGCCACCCGUCAGCAAUAAAAAGAACAAAAAGAUGAGCGCAGAGGAGGAAGCUGAGCUUCAGCAAAGAGCCCUCGAAGAGCGCCAGUCGAUCGUCCGCAGGUACAAGAUCGGCCGCUCAACCCACUCCAACAUCGACCCCUGGGAAGACCCAGACUUCGAGCUCUACUCCGUCAAGGAUAAAUAUGGAUUCCUCCAUCAAAAAACACUGCCAAAGGUCAAGGACGCGAAUGAAAAGAAGCAGGCGCAUGUCCAGGUGGAGCGCGAGAAAAAGUGGAAUAAAAUGACCAGUGGUUAUAACUGGAAGCAAUUUAGGACGUCUGAUAAGUUACGUAAGAGGAUUUUCAAGGGCAUUCCGGAAAGUUUCCGCUCCAGGGUGUGGGGCCUGCUGCUCAACCUGGACAGUCUCAAGCAGGAGCAGAAGGGAAAAUAUGAGGAAAUGCGGGAAUUGGCCCACCAAUGGUCACCCGACAUCAGGCAGAUUGACCUGGAUGUGAACCGGACAUAUCGAGACCAUGUUGACUUUCGGGAGCGGUACAGCGACCGGCAGAAGUCUUUGUUCAACGUUCUUGGCGCAUACAGCAUGUACAACCUUGAAAUUGGCUACUGUCAGGGUAUGUCUCAAAUCGUGGCGCUGCUGCUCAUGUACUUGGACGAGGAAGAGUCCUUUUGGGCCCUCAGCGUCCUUGUCUCCGACCAAAGAUUCGCCAUGCACGGAUUUUUUAUUCCUGGCUUUCCAAAGCUGCUGCGGUAUCAGGAACAUCAUGACAAAAUUAUGAAAAAAUUCCUGCCCAAGCUGAAGCGCCACCUAGACAAAAACGGGGUCGACACUGGCAUUUACACCCUCAAGUGGUUCUUCCAGUGCUUCUUGGAUCGAAUACCCUUUUCACUGACGCUGCGAGUUUGGGACGUGUACAUGCUGGAGGGCGAACGAGUGCUGACGGCCAUGGCCUACACCCUGCUAAAGAUGCACAGAAAAACGCUGCUCAAACUUGGCAUGGACGAAAUCCUGCAGUUCCUACAAGUUCGACUGGAGCAUGAGUUUGGUUUUGACGACGACACGGUGAUGUUGAACCUGAAGGAGUGCUUAGACGAGUUGAAGAAAGGCAAACUGGAUUUCGCCGGCAGUCCACCUAGUCAUGAGUUGCCUCAGAAACCAUUCGGACUCUUUCACCCGCCUCCCAUUCAGCAACAGGUUGGUCGUCGAACCGACUUCAGCAGGGUGGAGGCAGCAGCGCGUGAUAAUGUGAUUUCGAGGCGCGAUGCUGCCAUUGCCGAGGCUGCAGCCGCCCCUGAGUCUCCAACGUCUGGUGACGAGCGGCACGGCUCGCGAGCAUCCGCAGAUGAAGCAGGUUCGGCGAACUACUCUUUCGAACCGGAGGAGACAAGUUCGGUGCUGGGGUCACGGCGGUCGCUGGCCGAGACGAGCGUGACCUCAACGGCCGACCUGUCUGUCUUCUCAAAUGCCACCACGGCUGGUGGCUCAGCGUCCAGGGCGUCUCAGGACAACUGCUCAGUCACCUCUGAGCAUGCUGUUGCGCCCAAAACACACAGGCGCCUCCCGUCGGCCGACUCGGUCACACAUUUCGGGUCGGGUCGAUCCACGCCCAAGGCUUCCCUUUCUGGUGACCACCUCCACCCCUCUACAAUAGAGUCCCUGCGGAAGGCAACAGAGAGCGGUUCGCGACACUCGCCAACCAUGACCCGACGAUUGUCAGCCCAUGAAAAUGGUAGCGUCUCGCUGCGCUCAUCCCCGAGACCGUCCAGGGGUAGCUCGAAGGACGUGGUGCGCAUCUUUGUGCCGGCGCCGCAGAACGGUGAAUUGGCGCCGGUGCCGCCUCCGCCGCCCCCGCGGCAACUCAUCCUCAAGACGGGUGACCCGAACAAGAUCAAAAUCAAGGUGCCGGACCCUUUGGAGGACCGGACACCGCUGGUCGAACACGGCCGGCUGGUCAUCAGCCCCUCAAACGGCGUUUCCCCUCCCCUCUUGCAAUAACCGAUUGCUUCAGCCAACCAUUCCCUGGCGUCGUUCUAUCAGCAAGUGAUAAUUAGUUUGUAGCUCGUUAGCAAUUAAUCGAAUCUUUUUGUUCGCCGUGACUAUUUUUAAUCAUGCAUUUGACGGUGAGAGAAUGGGUGUGAUACAUUUACGAAAAAGAGAAUCCAGAUAUAAUAUCUCCAGCAGCUUUGAGACUCUUUUAAAAUCGGUCUAUAAAAUUAAUGAUUGCCAACUGCCAACUUUGUUUCAAAAAGUUGAAUUCUAGGUUUAAGCAUAGAUGGCUAAAAAGACUCGGACUUUUUCUUCCAUCGUUUUAUGGUUGCCAUUUUUUUAUACAUAAAAUAGCACUUAAAACCUUACUAUGGAUGCCUGUAAUUCUCUUAGUUUUUACCUCAAAUGGAAUUCUUGUGCGUAGUUCUAAUUAUUUCAAUGAAACUUUAAACAUUUCCGAUUCUCUUUAAUCGGCCUAUUAAUUAUAAAUAUCCAGUCUCAUUGCUGCAAGCCAACACAUUCCAAUUGCAAGUGAUUGUUAAAAAUGAUAUUUGCGCAUGUAGAAAGAUAAUUCUUGAAAUUAGUCGAGAUUAAUAAAAAUUGACCCUGAUUCUUCUGCCCGUUGUGAUUUGCAACCUGCUCUUGUGUAUAAAAAUAAUAACAAGACGUGUACUUGUAAAUAGGAAUAAAUAGAUUUGAUUCGCCGCGUAAUAAAACGAACAGCUGCUGUAACACGAAUAAUAAAAUGAAAGGAGUGAAUUUGAACUAAAAAUCCAAUGUGACACACACUUGUAAUAAUAAUAACAUGACUAUUUAUUUUUCAUUACUGCGCCUAUAUUAGGCCUCGUAGUUGGUGAAACAGUGCGGUUGUUGCUGGAGCAUUCCAAUCACAAUUCCUCUCUUAUCUCUCUAUGGCAAAACACUCGCUCGACACUGAUAUAGAAAAGAAAAGUUUAAAUAUUUUGCUGGCAUAUAAUGAACACCCCACAAAUUCAUGUAUAUAUUGAGACAAGAAAUUCAAAAUUUAUCAACUGUAAUUAAUAACUAUUUACUAGAAAAUUAGUCUAGAAAACGGAGGUAUUUUGAGCACGACUCCAUAAUAAUAAAAAAAUGAAUGGUUCCAACCCUUGGCAUUAUCCAGAGCUUAAUUUUUGUUUCUGAUUGUAAAUUGUGUUGUAGCGUCAGCACUGAAAGGACACUUUGGAGUGCUGCAAAGACAAAAUUCUGUACCUACUUAUCAUUUAUUUGUAGCUUUAAUUAACACUACUUAUUGGUGUUUUAAUUAUUAUUUAUUUUAUUCUCGUCAGCCAUGUUAAUUUACAAUAUUUUUUGUAUUUAAAAUGAAAUUGUGUUAUGAACUUCAAAAAUUGUUUAUGUUGGAAUUAAAUUUUGAAUAAAACUAAAAA